AUGAUUAUCAUUAUAUAUGCAUGCAUAAUUGGCUACGUAAUUAGUGAGGUAUGGUUUCCAGUAAGUAACUUUUAGAGUGAUUUAGAUUAAGCUUAUAAAUAUUUGGUUUAAAAUUAAGAUCAAUUAAUUCUUGGUUAAUGGACGGCAAGCUCGGAUUACUUAGUUUACAUCAAUAUAGUUUAUGAUAAUCAAAAUCUGAUAAUGUAAGUCUAUCCUAAAAAACACAAUUUGUUACAUGAAAAACACUAUUUUAGGCUUAGUUAUUCCCUUUCAAACAAUUCAUAUUACUAUGAUACAGUUAAAAGGUAUCCAAAUUGAAAAAUAUUUAGAUUAAUGACAUGGCAGAAUAUAGAUGUUAUAGUUGAAUUAUAAAAUAGUUAGAGACAUCCUCUUUGUAUUUGUAAAGCUACACUUGAAUUAGAGGUUUCAACUUAAACGACAAUACUACAUAGUUAAUUUGCAGAGGAAUGUAAUGUAACUGAAGAGAGAAUAAGACUAUUCAUAUUCAGUAAUUCAGUUUACUAAAUACAAGUUUUAUCAUAUACUAUGCUAAUCAUAUUCAUAUCUUUAGUUUAAAUAAUUAGCUCUCAUUUAUAUUUAAGGUCUGAUCCAGCAGAAAAUUAAGGUGCCUCAAUGACAAUAUCAAUAAUAUUGACAUAAGACAUAUUCAUAUGUAUUUUUAGUUCAUUGCUUUUUGAUAUUCCAAGGUUUUAUUAUUUCUUACCUUGUUUACUAUGUUAGUUAAUAGCAAUUUUUUAUGAUCUUAAAUUAAAGGCAAAGUUAUCUGUAAUUAUAAUAAAAUCAAUUUAGAAUAUGAAGAGAUAAUAGAAAAGAUUUUUAUUAUUGCAGAUUAUUGAAAUAUUAUCUGUCACUUUUUUAUUUUUAAGAAUUAGACAUUCAACUGAAUUAACUAUAUUGAAUCUAUUUUUAAUUCCAUAAAUAAUAAUUACAUUUUUUUCAGGAGAAAGAUAGAGAUUCAAUAAAUAUUAUAUUGGUGCAAUAUUUCCAAGAAUAUUACUAUCCAUAUAUGCAAGAGGAUGUUCUCAAAAUAUAUUAUAGCUAAUGCAAAAAAUUCAUGUAGUUUAUGCUAUAGUGCUUAUUCUAUUGAUUUAGCUUUUAGUUUAUUAUUGUUAAAAUCAAUUUGGAUGGUUUAUAUUAAAAAGGAAUAUACAUAAUUACUUCAUUGAAUAAACAGAUGAACAUUUAUAAUCAGAUUGUGCUAUAUGUUUAAUUAAUCUAUCAUAAACUCCUGAAAAUACAUUUAAUAAAGGGGAGUCAUAUAUACUAUAAACAAUUAAUUAAGCAUCUCGAAAUCAUUUAUUAAUGAACACUCCUUGUGUAAAAUAUAUAUAAUUAAAUUAGAAUCAUUAAUUUCAUCCUUCUUGUUUGAGUUAAUGGAUGUUAAUAAAUCUUUCUUGCCCAUUAUGUAAAAGUGCUUUGCCUUAAGUAUUUUGA